CUGUGUGCAGUCUAUUUGGAAGACAGUUUCAUCAAAUCAGGAGUCUUCAGUGUUGCAGAGCUGGUGCGAGUGUCCAGAAUGCCCAUCACCCAUGGCGCAGCGGUACCCUUCUCCAUGGCUGACAUGCCCAGCCAGCCCUACUACCAUGACCUGAACUCCAGCGCAGGACUGCAUCGCUCCCUGUCCUCCCCACCUGGCAGCAAAAGGCCCAAAACUGCCAACAUGGAGGAAAACAUGGACACGAGCCCAACAGGACCCGACUUCUACUCGUCCCCGAGCUCACCAGCAAGCAGUCGGGCUAACUGGCACGACCGAGAUGGAGCAGACAUGUCCUCUCCCACCAUGAAGAAGCCAGAGAAGCCGCUGUUCAGCCCCACUUCUCCGCAGGACUCCUCACCACGACUCAGCACUUUCUCUCAGCCUCACCACCCAGGCCUAACAGGUGUGGGACACAGUGUUAUAUCAACGAGGAGCCCCCCUCCACACUCACCCCUGCAGUUCUCUGCCUCGGCUAUCUUGCCACCGGCACCGUCUACCUACUUCUCGCACACCACCAUACGCUACCCGCCUCAUCUCAACCCUGCUGAUCCCCUCAAGAGCUACGUGCCGUCAUAUGACCCGUCCAGCCCACAGAGCAGCCAGCCUAACAGCAGUGGUCAGGGGGUUGGAAAGGUCCCAGGCCACUUCACCCCGGUCUUGGCUCCUUCUCCACACCACGGCGCUGUGCGGACCGUCUCACUCCCCAUGCCUGACACCAAGCCGAUCACUACAUCGACAGAAGGCUACUCAACCCCUGGAACCCCGACCGCUAAUCGAUUUGUAAGCCUGAACCCUAGAGAUCCAGCUUUCCUCCACCAGCAACAGCUGAGGAAGUGUGACUGGAGCGUGACUCAAAACGGCAGGCAUUAUGGCCCCAGUGCCACUGACGACACUUUGGGGAUUGCUUGGCAAAGUCCUGGUACCUGGGCGAGCUUAGUUCCAUUCCAAGUGUCGAACGGGACUCCGAUUCUGCCAACAAAUGUCCACCAGAACUACAGCAUAAACAUCAUUGGUGAGCCGCUGGUCCCCACUGAGACGGGGAACUGA